GAGAAACUAUCCCACUCACAAGCUUGAAUUUCUAGCUUUGAAGUGGGCAGUUUGUGAGAAGUUUAACAGCUACCUUUAUGGCGCUAACUUCACUAUUGUGACGGAUAACAAUCCUCUCACGUAUGUGCUGACAUCUGCGAAGUUAGAUGCUGCUGGUCAUCGUUGGUUAGCUGCGCUGUCUACUUAUCAGUUCACCGUUAAGUACAGGGCUGGUCAUGCCAAUCGCGAUGCAGACGGGCUGUCUCGACGACCACAAGCUCCUCCUUUUGAAGAUGAGGAUUUCAUCAAAGAAAGGGAGAGAGUUGAUGACAUGAAAAACCGUCUUCUAGAGAUGAGUCACGAGGUGGUAUCUGCCUUAUGUCAGCGCCAUCUUGUGGUGGCAAAGAUCGAGCACUGUUCAAAUCUAGAACCACCUUUGGCUGUAGAGUCUCUUGCUGUUGAUCCCUCAACAGUUGCGGAUGUAUUUGGAGAAGACACAUUACCAUCUAUGACAAGCUCUGACUGGUAUAAAGCUCAGAGGGAUGACCCAGUUGUCUCACGUGUCAUCACCUUCGUUGAAAGAGCUCAAAAGCCCAGUUUCAGAGAAACAAACUUUGAAGCUCCUGAUGUUAGGCUCCUUCUCAAGGAAUGGAGAAGGCUUGAACUGAGAGAUGGAGUAUUGUACAGGAAAUGGACAAAUAGAGACAACAUUGUAUGGCAGUUAGUCCUACCUGAACAGUUCAGAGAGAAAGCAUUGCGUGGAGUACAUGAUGAAAUUGGUCAUCUUGGUUUUGAACGAGCACUACAUCUUGCCCGUGCCAGAUUCUAUUGGCCAAUGAUGACAAAGUCUGUAGAAGAGAAGUGCAGACAGUGUCCACGCUGUGUCAGGAGGAAAGCAGUGCCUCAGAGGGCAGCGCCUCUUGAAAAUAUUAUAACAACUUACCCGCUUGAACUUGUUUGUAUGGACUAUUUGUCGCUUGAGCCAGACAACAGAGAUACCCGAAACAUAUUAGUUGUCACUGACCAUUUUACAAAGUUUGCUGUGGCAGUGCCAACUAAAGAUCAGAAGUCGAGGACCAUUGCAAAAGCUCUAUGGGAGAACUUCAUAGUCCAUUAUGGGUUUCCCAGUCGUCUACUCAGUGAUCAGGGUAGAGACUUUGAAUCUCACACAAUCAAAGAGCUAUGUGCGUUGGUAGGAGCAGACAAAAUCCGCACUACACCUUAUCAUCCCCGCGGAAACCCGGUGGAAAGGUUUAACCGGACGCUUCUUGAUAUGUUGGGUACUUUGGAAGAGGAAGACAAAUCUCACUGGAGGGACUUUGUUAAACCCUUAGUUCAUGCGUAUAACUGCACGAGGAACGAUACGACUGGUUUCUCUCCAUAUGAACUGAUGUUUGGCAGACAACCCCGAAUACCCAUUGAUCUGGUCUUAGGUAUCCAACCUGAAAAUGCCAACCAUAAGUCUCAUUCGGAGUAUGUGAACAACCUUCGUCAACGUCUGGAGGAGAGCUACACCCUUGCUGCAAAAAACUCCCAGAAGAUCGGAGAAAGGAAUAAAGCUAGGUUUGACAAGAGGAUUAGAGUGGCCGAGCUCUGUGCAGGAGACAGAGUUUUGGUUAGGAACAUGAGUAUCAGAGGUAAACACAAAAUCUCAGACAGGUGGGAACAGAAAGUACAUGUUGUGGUUAAACGCAUCAAUGAUGGCCCUGUCUAUGUUGUGGAACCCGAGUUGGGAGACGGGCCAAAACGCACCUUACACAGGGAUCUCCUUCUACCGUGUGGGUUCUUACCUGUGGAAGAAAUAGCAGGGAGCAGAUCUCAUGAGCCCUCUAAAGGGAAGAAGCUGAGAAACAAAGCCGGAAGAGAAGUACAGUCUUCUGAUAACCCUGAUGGUCAGGAAGAUGAGGUAUACAGUGAUGAGGACGAAGUGUAUCCAGCUUUUGUGGUUCCAGAAAUAAUAACCAGAGGUCCUUUUAUCCAGACUGAAAGGCAGGUUAUCACACCUCAGUUGUCCACUGGAGAUGUGCAUUCUAGCUUGCCCAGUUCAGAGCCACAAGACGAGUCACAUGCACAAGAGACACCCGGUCAUGUUUCUGGACCUGAACCUUCGUUAAACUCAGAGAGCAAUGAGGUGACCACAUCUCCCAUUCCAUCUGAUGAAGGUCCAGGUUGGGUUGUUAUUGACAUUCCUGAACAGACAGAACCUGUUGAAAUGAAUCAAGAGAGCGCCAACACUGCUGAGCAGAGUUCAGAGCCAGAGACAGUAGAGCUGCGGCGUUCUGGGAGAGAGAGACGCCAACCUCGUAAACUAACUUAUGAUGAGUUAGGUGAGCCUUUAAUUUUAGCUCUCAGUUCCUUUUUGUCAGAGUUUCGCAAUUGUAUUCUCUCAGAGCACUUUCCUUCACACACCUGUUAAGUGUGCAUGCAGAGACUCAUGCACUUUAGAGGGGGAGAGUGUAACCCAGGUCAUUGUUUGAGUAUGGGGAUUUCUGAUUAUUUGGUAGUCACUGAACGCACCACUGUGCCGUGCGUGUAGCCACUCCCUAGUCCAGCUACAGAGUUUUUUCCUCCGUUCGUCCGAUGAGGCGCAUGCUGCUCUCGUGCCCUCUGCGAGCUGGAAAUUCGGGUACAGUAGACAUUUGAGUUGUAAAUAGUUUUAAAAACCUUUAUAUGUGAAGCUAAUGUUUUAAUAUGUUGUUUGAAAAAGAGUCUUGUAGCGGUACGAGCGUGAAGCUGAGCUGAAUUCGACAGCCAUCCGCCAUUACAUGAACCCCUCUGGCUGGUUUGUUUGCCCUUUCGAUACCCUGGAUCCUACUGGAUGAACUGCCUUGUGGAAGCCCUCAUCUGAUGACUCCGCUGA